CGGAGGGGCUCCGGGCGCCGCGCGGCAGACCUACUCGGGCAGCGCGCCGCGCCGCUCUCCUCCGAGGGUGGCAGCAGCUCCGCGGCGGCCGCAGCGCCUGGGGCGGCGAGGAGGCGAGCGCGCCUUCCCUCCGCACCCACCACCCCAGCCGGGUUCCCGCGCGCCGCCGCAGCCGACAUGGAUCUCUUCCUGGCGCUGGUGCUCGGCUCCGCUCUCUACCUGCCGGCGGCCGCCGAGUUCGACGGGAGGUGGCCCAGGCAAAUAGUGUCGUCCAUUGGCCUGUGUCGUUAUGGUGGGAGGAUUGACUGCUGCUGGGGCUGGGCCCGCCAGUCCUGGGGACACUGUCAGCCUUUCUACGUCUUAAGGCAGAGAAUAGCCAGGAUAAGGUGCCAGCUCAAAGCUGUGUGUCAACCACAGUGCAAACACGGUGAAUGUAUCGGACCAAACAAGUGCAAGUGUCAUCCUGGAUAUGCCGGCAAAACCUGCAAUCAAGACGAGCACUCCUACUCAACUCCUCUUGACCAAGGCAGUGAGCAGCCUCUUUUCCAACCCCUGGAUCAGCAAGCCACAAGUUUACCUUCAAGGGAUCUGAAUGAGUGUGGCCUGAAGCCGCGGCCCUGCAAGCACAGGUGUAUGAACACUUACGGCAGCUACAAGUGCUACUGUCUCAACGGGUACAUGCUGAUGCCUGAUGGGUCCUGCUCAAGUGGCCUGACGUGCUCCAUGGCAAACUGUCAGUAUGGCUGUGAUGUUAUCAAAGGACAGAUACGGUGCCAGUGCCCCUCUCCUGGCCUCCAGCUGGCCCCAGAUGGGAGAACCUGUGUGGAUGUUGAUGAAUGUGCUACUGGAAGAGUUUCCUGCCCUAGAUUUAGGCAGUGUGUCAACACUUUUGGGAGUUAUAUCUGCAAGUGCCAUAAAGGCUUCGACCUCAUGUACAUUGGAGGCAAAUACCAAUGUCACGAUAUAGACGAGUGCUCCCUGGGUCAGUAUCAGUGCAGCAGCUUUGCUCAGUGUUACAACGUACAUGGGUCCUACAAAUGCAAAUGUAAAGAUGGAUACCACGGCGACGGACUGAGCUGCGUGUAUAUUCCGAAAGUGAUGAUUGAACCUUCAGGUCCAAUUCAUGCACCACAGGGAAAUGGUACCAUUACAAAGGGUGAUGGAGGACACGGUAAUUGGAUUCCUGAUGUCGGAAGUACUAGGUGGCCUCUGAGGACACCAUAUAUUCCUCCUGUCAUUACCAACAGGCCGACUUCUAAGCCAACAACAAGACCUACACCAAAACCAACAACAUGGCCUGCCACCCCCCCGCCCCCACCGCCUCCCACAGAACUCAGAAGGCCUCUACCACCACCAACGCAGGAAAGACCAAUCAUCAGACUGACCACUAUAGCACCAGCUACUACCACAUCUCCAAGAGAGAUUACAGUUGACAACAGGAUACAGACAGAGCCUCAGAAGCCCAGAGGAGAUGUGUUCAUUCCACGGCAUCCUUCAAAUGAUUUGUUUGAAAUAUUUGAAAUUGAAAGAGGAGUCAGUGCAGACGAUGAAGCAAAGGAUGAUCCAGGUGUCCUGAUACAUAGUUGCAAUUUUGACCAUGGACUUUGCGGAUGGAUCAGGGAGAAAGACAGUGACUUGCACUGGGAACCAGUGAGGGAUCCAGCAGGUGGACAGUACCUGGCCGUCUCCGCAGCCAAGGGCCCCCGGGGGAAAGCCGCUCGCCUGGUGCUGCCCCUGGGCCACCUCAUGCAGUCAGGGGAUCUGUGUCUGUCGUUCAGGCACAGGGUCACUGGGCUGCACUCCGGCGCGCUCCAGGUGUUUGUGAGAAAACAGGGGGCCCACGGAGCAGCCCUGUGGGGAAGAAAUGGUGGCCAUGGCUGGAGGCAAACACAGAUCAGCCUGCGAGGGGCUGGCAUCAAGAGCGUCAUCUUCAAAGGUGAAAAGAGGCGUGGCCACACUGGGGAGAUUGGAUUGGAUGACGUGAGCUUGAAAAGAGGCCACUGCUAUGAAGAACGCGUGCAGCUCCGCAACUAGCAGUGAACUCCUGUGUUGCUCCCUCUUCUUUUUCUGAUCUUCACCUCCUGUCUUCUCCUCCCUUCUGUCAGGCCUCGGAGAAGAGUGGGUCAGUGGGUCAGAGAAAGCCUGGUUGUUGACCCACAUCUUGGCCUGUUUUUGUGCAAUCCCAAUGGACAGUGACACUCCCUUUGACAUAGAAGGGACAUUGGUUAGACACAUGCAAGCUGUCUGUGGGUGCUACCUACAUCCCGUAGGAACUGGCUUCAGCAUGUGAGACCUAUGCCAUCCUUCAUCCUGGUGACAGGUGUUCCUUGUAGCGAAGUAUGGGGGACAUUUUCAAAGGAAAUUCGUGCGGAUGGCCAUUCUGUUAUCUGUCCAGUGUCGUGCCACGAGUAGUAUUGACUUCCCCUAAGAUACGCUGUACAAUGUGCUUGUGAACUUUGUUUCUCGUCUUCACUGUUAGCUCUGGACUGGCCUGACCUCUUUUACUGCCAUUCACUUUAUGAAAGAAGGGUGUGUAACAUAUCAAAAUGCAUUUAUUCUUGUUAUCUGUAUUUUUCUUUUAAAGACAGUUAUGUAAAGUGGGCACGUAAUUCCUUGUUAGUGGUAUUGUGUUUUGUGUAAAUGUGCUAUUGAUAUGACGCAGUUGCGUGUUCCUGAUAUUUACCGACUCCAGUUGCAAGGGAAAAGGCAGCUUGUGAUCUCUUGAAUUAAAAAUACGCGGUGAAAUGUUGUCCAGUCCUAUGACCUUUGAUCGGUAGCAAGAGAACUUUGGAAAUGGUGUCAGGUUGUGGCAGUGGAGGGAUGAAUGUUUUAAGUACCUUGAGUUUGAUCCCUACACAGGAGAGUAAACCAUUUAGAUCAGCGGUUCUCAACCUGUGGGUCGCGACCCCUUUGGCGAUCGAACGACCCUUUCACAGGGGUCGUCUAAGACCAUCCUGCAUAUCAGAUAUUUACAUUACGAUUCAUAACAGUAGCAACAUUACAGUUAUGAAGUAGCAACAGAAAUAAUUUUAUGGUUGGAUCACAACAUGAGGAACUGUAAUUAAAGGGCCAGAAGGUUGAGAACCACCGAUUUAGAUAGACAGGAAGCUGCACCUAGCACAUAAAACCCGCACUGUUUCUCACUUAAAAACCGACGGCGUUCCCCGGAAUAACACGGUUCUCCUUGGUAACCUGUAAGACCUUGGAGACAGUCCCGCCGUUUCAGAGGAAGGGUUCUGUUUAUGGGAGCAGGCUGGGGAGAAGCUGGGAGCAGCUCUCCUGGAAUGGAUUUCAUACUAAUUUUUAAAUCAGUAUAAACAUAGGUGGAUCUAGCUCACAACUUAGGUGCUACCAAGUCAGCAUGGGGUGGGGUAGGCCCGGGCUUUGAGGUAGUAAGUGUGUUGGAAUAGGACUCACUUACACACUAGAGCAACGGGGCAGGAUUGGCAUUCUGAGAUCGAAGGACCCUCAACUAAUAUAUGUCCUCCUUGCAUUUUUUAACUUUAUAUUAAAAAGAAUAUCGUUUUUAAAAUGCAGCUUACUACUGAGACUCUUCCUCACUUCUGAUUAAGUAAUCAACAUAUUUUCUGCUGUUUUUGCCCAGAAUCACAAAGAUGAUUAAAGGGUUGGAAUAAAAGAUCUGUGGUGAAAAAGUAAAGGAACUGGGAUUAUUUAGCCUGGAGAAGAGAAGACUGAGGGGCAAACCAUUGCUGGUUUCCCAGUGCCUGAAGGGCUGGUACAGAGAGGAUGGUGGCCAGCUGUUCUCCACAGGCACUAAGAAUAGAACAAGAGGAAACAGGCUUAGACCAGAGUAUGAGGGAGCAUUUGCUGGCAGGGACAGUUGUUAAAUUAGAAUCCCAAAAUCCCUUAUAAAGGAGUGUCUCUCUCUAGCUCAGAGGCUUUUAAAAAAUUAGAUAAAACUUUGUCUAUUUAAGGUGGUUAAGGGUGUUUAAGAAAGAGUAAUAGAUUACACAAUCUCCCAAAAUAUGUUUUGCUCCUAUUACUGUGUAGUGAAAAAUCUCCAGACUAAGUAAUUUGGACUAGGCCUGGGUUUAAUUUAGGCAUUUCCCUCUUUGGCUUCUAAUGGAGAGAAAUCAAAAGGGGACAAGCCCACCAAAUGCUGAGCUUUCCCUUUAUGGCAAACCUAGCAGUAUUAAAACAAAAAAAGAAAAAAAAACAUAUAUAUAUAUAUUUUAUUCCAAAAAGAGAGUAUAAUAGGCAGAUGUUUUAGUAUUUCAAUGUUCUAAUGUGUUUUGUUUUGUUUUUCUUGAAAAAGGUAUAACCCUUUCAUUUGCUCAAUGGACAAUGCUUCCGAUUUUUAAAGACCAUAGCAAGGAGCACAGUGUACAGAGACUUUAACUGGUGCAUUCUCUCUGCAAUGUGUGUGACAACUUAACUUGGCUACUGAUACCGAGUACCAUGCCCCACACAACUGCCAGGCCUUUUCCUUCACCUAAUUUGUAUAAUUCACUCUCUCUUUAUCAAUUGAAUCUCCCAAGUUCCCCAGUGGUAAUGGGUUUUUUUGAACAACAGGUAUAAUAGUAUACCUACUAUAGUAUGCCUAUAUUAUCUUUUGUCAUUUAACUUGGUGGAGGCAGGGCAGCAGGGGAGGAUAAAUCAGUGAGCCUUUGAGUAGGGGCCAGCAAAUAUGGCUUUAGAGCUCUUUUUAAUGAUUCUUUUCCUUUUGGGUCAUAUAACUGCACAACUGAAGAUGAAAGGGGAAAAUAAUUGAAAAUUUCACUUUUAGGUGCCAAUAAUGCAUUGCACUAAACUGAUGGAAGAAGUUAUCCAAAGUACUGUAUAACAUCUUGUUUAUUAUUUAAUGUUUUCUAAAGUGAAAAAUGUCAGUGGUUUCCCAAACAGCCAAAUAAAUAAUUCUUUGUAAAUAAAAACACUGUUAAUAAUACUGGUA